UGCCGGGGGGCGGGGCCGAGCCCGGGCCGGAGCCGCCAGCGCCGCUGUGAUUGGCCGCCGCCAUCAAAGGAGCCGCCGGGAGCCCCCUGCGCAGGCGCAGACAGCGAGAGCGAGCCGUGCCCGGGACUGCGGCCGUGCCCCGAGGACGGCGCCUGGGGGGCGUGGUCGGAGGCGGUGCCCUGCUCGGUGACGUGCGGACUGGGCGUGGUCACGCUGCGGCGCGCCUGCGACGCCCCGCCCCCUCGGCACGGAGGCCGCGGUUGCCAAGGCAACGGCACCCGGCGCGCGCUCUGCGGGCCCCACGGGGCGUGUCCUGAGGUGCAGCACUGGGGGCCAUGGGGCGCGUGGACCCCCUGCGAGCAGCGGCCGUGGGGCACCGUGAGCUGCGAGGCCAUGGUGGGGCGGCAGCGGCGGACGCGGCAAUGUGUGGGGCUCAAGGCUGGGGGCCCCCCCUGCCCCAUAGAGGAAGGGAUCGGCACCAUCCAGCUCCGGGCCUGCUACAACGUCCACCAGUGCCUGCUACCCGGGAACUGGUCAGACUGGAGCCCGUGGGGCCUCUGCACCCCCCCAUGUGGGGCCAGCCCCACACGGAAGCGGAGCCGGGAAUGCCUGCCCACGUUUCCCCCCUAUCCGCCGGCCGUGACCCCGCUGGGCUCCCCCACCCCCGUCAACGUCACCUUCUGGGGGGCGCCGCGGCCGCGCUGCCCCCCCCUGGACGGGGAGCGCCUGCGGGUGGAGGAGGGGCGGCCCUGCCUGCACGUGCGGCCCUGCCCCGCCCCCCACGAGGACUGAUGCUGCCGAUGACGUCGCGGGACCCCACCCCCAAACCCCCC